AUGCAUUCGAGGAUAUACGAUGCGCUCGACGUAGCACCAGACAGUGCAGCGGCGCAAGGGCGGCGCGAUCAGCGCGCGGUCGCCCGCCAGCCACUCCCACCAACGGCAACGGCUCGGGCGGCACAGCGAGGCGAGACGGGCGAAGCGGUUCAGGCUGUGGGGGGCUCGGGCGGUGUGCGGGCGGCCUUAAUCUGUACGCGAACCCUCCAGUCCUUCUUGUCGACCUUCUCCUUGCCGGCGGGCUUAAUGUCGAUGCUCUCGAGCACGUAG